UUUGUGUAGAGGUACACAUUGCUUUGCUGUAUUGCAUGUGAGUGCAUUCUAGUGCCAUCUCCCCUUUCUCUCUCACUUGCCUUCCAUUGCGAGAUAGAAAGAGAUGCAAAUCCUACUCCGUUUUGUCUUUUUUCUUUUUUCUCUCUCUGGAGCACUUGCGCAAUGAAACGUGGGAAAAUGAAUGUUACUGUAGGGCAUGUCAUCUGUUCGUAGCCUUUUUGUUCUAAACUGAAGGUCUCUCUCUCUCUCUCUCUCUCUCUCUGUACAUUGCUUCACUUCGUUUGUCUACAGAACCAGAAGGGAAAAAUUACUUUGGAAGAAUGUUGGGCAUGAACCAAGAAACUGCAGGGUGCAGCAGCGGAUGUGAAUCCGGAUGGACCAUGUACCUGGAGCACUCUGUGAGGGCACCUGCGCCACCCCCUUGUGAGAUUCAAGAUGGUGAAUGUGAGGAGGAGGAUCUUUCCAUGGUUUCUGAUGCCUCUUCCGGACCUCCACAGCUGCAAUCUGAGGACGUGCCGACUCAAAACUGCCGUGCCGGCGAACAGAACGGUCCUGCUGCUGCUGCUAAUGGGUCGUGUCUUCAUACUUCCAGUAAAAGAAGGAGAGUUCAAGAUAGUGAACACAAUCCUUCUUCUUCCGAUGAUACUGCCAGCUCUCAUCUCGUAAGCAAGGACAGUGUUUCUCCUGGAGAUGGUCGAAGCAUGGAGAAUUUUUUGGACUUCUCACAGGGCUUCUCGACCACAUCUUUCAAGAAACAACCUGCAUUUCAGGAGGGAUUUGGUCACAUGAAAUACCCAACUCCUGGAAACCCAAUUUCUGCAGAAGGAAGUAAGGGAAAAAGAUGGCCUUAAGUAACCGACUACAUUCUGCUAUUUCCCAUUCAGAGACGGAAAAAAGGGGGCUGCAUGCAAUAUGGGCCACUGCAGAGAGUUGAGCUUCUGAUAUACUGAUUACUGAGAGCGAUAUGAAUUAGGUGUUGGCAGAAAAGAGAAGGAAAUGGAUGCUUGUUGCUUGCGUUUUUGUUGUCAAAAAUGGUUGGUUGCAGGAGAGGAUAUGGUUUCUCUGCAAUCUCCAGGAUCUUAUGCAACCACAUUCCAGAAGGCGACCUCUUUGUUUUCCUGCUGAAACUUUUUCCCAACAGUUAUCUACCUCUGCAGUUAGAUCAAUAAAUUUGUCUAACACUUAGUUACUCUGUUAGAUCUUGUCUCCUUAUGUUUAUCUUCCUUCAUGAUCUUAGAGAUUGCCUAUACUAGGAUCUAAUAUUGACUUUGGGAUUUGAAUAUUGAAGCUUUAAGUGUCCUUUUCUUCA